UUUUCCUCUUCCAUUUUUUAGGGCAAUUGUUUUGUUUGAUAGACGAAGCUUAGGGUCUCUUUGGGUUUGCAACCCUUACCCUCCUGGAAAAAAUCAUAGUUGCUAGACUGCGACACUUCAGACCAGGUACUAGUAUUAGAGCCGCUAAUGGAAGACGAGCUAUUUUCCGCUAUCCGGAGCUCAAGCAUUUGAGCCGCUAAAUGGACGAGACUCCUGGGGUAAAGGAUGCAGAGAAUGAGGAGAAAACACUCGUAUGGAGCAGGGAGUAGGUAUUGUACUACUUCCUGGUAUGGAGCACUGAGAAGCGCUUGGUGACAUCGUCCAAGAUCGACAGGGAUGGUGGGUCACCUGCCGUGACGCUGUCGACGCUAUUGUCCAGUCCCGCAUGGAGCCUGUGGCGAAGCCCCUCAUUUGUGGCACUUGUGCGCGCAGUUUUCGUCGGCCACAGGAUAUUGCGAGGCACAAGUGUAACGCUGUUCGCGCGGCCCGCACGUGCUGCGUAUGGCGUUCCCCGCCCGGUGGACAACACGUCUCCUGGUCUGCCCCGUAUGGGGCCACAUGGCAGUGGAAGAAGGAAGGAAGCUCUCACCGUCCAGGAGCGACACUGACUCGCACUGCUAUCUGGUGCUCACGAUGUGUUGGUCGCGCUGCAAACGGAGCGUCUCUAGUUCUAGCAUCCGUAGCUGCCUCAGGGGCGCCACUUCUCCCAUCAGCGUCGACUAGUCCGCCGUUCUAUUUAGCAUUGCUGCGUUCCUAUGCCACCGUGCCGGUCUCCGCUAGGCCAGUGUCUUGUCAUGCUGUGCUACAGUGCCGUGUCUAUCCCUGUAAGAACUGCACAGCACUGACAGCGCCUUUCAACGGCAAGGUGACCGGAACAGGUUUCACGCCCGGCACUGGUCUCUUCUUCGCCUGCAAUGCACCCUACGUACUCCAGGGCAGCGUCGUGCGCUACUGCAACGUCUCCGGAACGUGGAGCGGCGUUCCUGCUACAUGCUCAAUCCCUGAUAUUCCCUGCAAGUACCACGAGUUCAAGUGCGGUGGCAGUGGUGGUUGCAUCUCGACCACCAAGGUCUGCGACGGUGUGUGGUAUGACUGCCCGGAUGGCUCCGACUAGAGCAACCGCACUAGCACACGCCCGGUGUGUGCACACCGCUAGCUAAACCGACCAACGGCUACUCCCAGGGCACAAACUAUUCUGCUGGAGGCAGCGUCGUCUUCGGCUGAAAUUCCGGAUACAACCUGCAGGGAAGCAUUGUGCGCAUCUGCCAGAUUGACGGUUCCUGGAGUGGGGCAGCUGCCUCAUGUAAUCCCAUUCAACUGCAGUGCCAGUCUGGCUACCUGCCCUGCCUGCGUUCCAGUGGCUGUAUCCUGCCAUCACAGCGAUGCGACGGUGUUUGGUACGACUGUGCUGAUGGCUCUGAUGCACAGUACUGCCCAGGCAAGGUCACACCAGCUCCAGGUCAAACCGACUGCCAGGUCCUGUUACCACCGGCACUGGGCUCAAUGACCGUGAACGGCUUGAUGCUCAGCAACACGACCACGUUUGUGUGCACAUCUCCCUAUGUCCUUAUGGGCUUGGCCGUGCGUACUUGUGAAAUCAACGGCCAGUGGAGCGGUGUGCAGCCAACUUGCGUCCUGACGACUGCGGCUCUGAGUGCGGCCAGUGACGAGCUAGUCAAGGACUUUGUCUCAGAACGCAUGACACAAACGUGCCAGCAUUGCCAAGCACUGGGGACGGACCUUUGGCAAUCUGAAAAAUGUUUUGUCCGAGAAUCGAUCCUUGGAUCUGUGGCGUUGCAGUUGUGGUGCUCCCGACCCUCUUGCGCGAUGGCCGCGGAGACUUGGCGAAAAGGUUCCAGACAUACGGCAUCUCGAUAUCUUCCACCACAAUCAGUACAUCAGCACCACCAUCGAGCGUAGCGACAUCAGCAAUAGAAGACGCACAUGAUAUCAUUCCCCCUUAGCGAAGACCCGGGAAUACCUGAGAAGAUCUUAGCCGCGACUUUACUGGAAAAGUCGUCAGUGACAACGGCACUCCAUAUUUAGCUGCAUGCAGUUAGGUCUCUCAACAAGUGUACCCAAAGUUUUCAAGCUAAUACACAAGCAAAUUCACUAGGGUCCGAGUAUAUUUUCCUACACCUCUCCCUGUUUGUUGUUGUUAUUUCUGCAUUCAAAUUGUUUGUGUACCUGUACAUUUAUUACAGUAGAGCCACGCAUCCACGGCUGUUGUUUCCGAGGGGUCAGGCUCGUCAGUUAUACAAAACCUUUCAGCAAUCUGGCCUUAGGCUUAGUUCCUUGACUUCUUGUACCACUUUCUUAGAUGCACAUCCCACUGGAUAGUGAGCAAUACGUGUGUAGCAGAAUCUGUAUUCCAGAAAAGCAGAGACUAGAGUCUAUUGACACUGCGUUUCCUUUUAAAACGUUAUUGGCUGUGGUGUUCCUAGAGGUAUACACGUACAUUCCUGGGUCACGGUCUGUGACGCCCGACUGUAUUCGUGGUGCAUCAACAAUUUUUAAUUUUGUGCACUAGUGAAAACCUGCCUGAGGCUGUGAGGCUGUAGAGUGUUGACUGUGUUUUGCUUUAAAAAAACCAUCAGGUCUCCCCAGAUUUUCAAGUCUGGCCCUGAAUUUUGCCACUCUUCGGUUUCAAAAUCUA